AUGUCAACUCAUCCUAGGCAACGUUCACAAUCCACUUCUCAUUACUCAACACAUACAGGUUUUCAUUCUCGUUCUAUUGAUGAACCAAUGUUACCAUUAAUUAAUUUAUUAAAUAAACAUAAUGAUUACGUUACCACUAGUAGUUGCUCCGGUAGAAUAGCAGUUUAUUGUGUUGUGAGACAAAUUGGUUUAAGAAAGUGUGGAGGUACUAUCAGUGAUGGAAAUGAUGGAGAUGUUUCGACUGUUGAUGACGAAAGUCAAG